GUCACUCUGUGUCCCUCUACAGCCUCUUGAGAGGAACCUCUGGACUCAGGUGCUGGCCAUGUCUCAGUUGGUGGAAUGUGUCCCCAACUUCUCAGAGGGGAACAACCAGGAGGUGAUUGAUGCCAUCUCUCGAGCCAUCUCCCAGACCCCAGGCUGUGUGCUGUUGGACGUCGAUGCCGGACCCUCCACCAACCGCACUGUCUACACUUUCGUGGGGCAGCCAGAGUGUGUCGUAGAGGGGGCCCUCCAUGCUGCGCGUACGGCCUCACAGCUCAUCGACAUGAGCAAGCACAAGGGUGAGCACCCUCGAAUGGGCGCUCUGGAUGUGUGUCCCUUCAUCCCGGUGAGGGGCGUCAGCAUGGAAGAGUGUGUGCUCUGUGCCAAGGCAUUUGGGCAGCGGCUGGCAGAGGAACUUAAUGUACCAGUGUAUCUCUAUGGUGAGGCAGCUCAGACGCCCAGUCGUCAGACCCUGCCAGCCAUCCGGGCUGGAGAGUAUGAGGCCCUGCCUGAGAAGCUCAAACAGGCCGAGUGGGUGCCAGACUUUGGCCCUAGCUCCUUUGUCCCCAGUUGGGGUGCUACUGUCACGGGUGCACGGAAGUUCCUCAUUGCAUUCAAUAUCAACCUGCUAAGCACCAAGGAGCAGGCCCACCGUAUUGCUCUUAACCUGCGGGAGCAGGGCCGAGGGAAAGACCAGCCUGGACGUCUGAAAAAGGUCCAGGGCAUCGGUUGGUACCUGGAAGAGAAGAACCUGGCUCAGGUGUCCACAAACCUCCUGGACUUUGAGGUCACAGCUCUGCACACAGUGUUUGAGGAGGCCCGCAGAGAGGCUCAGGAGCUGAAUCUCCCAGUGGUGGGCUCGCAGCUGGUGGGCCUGGUGCCUCUGAAGGCCUUACUGGAUGCCGCAGCCUUCUACUGUGACAAGGAGAAGCUGUUUGUUCUGGAGGAGGAGCAUCGGAUACGGCUGGUGGUGAACCGGCUGGGCCUGGAUUCGCUGGCACCCUUCGACCCAAAGGAACGGAUCAUCGAGUACCUAGUCCCCGAUAGUGGACCAGAACAGAGCCUGUUGGACACCUCACUGCGCGGUUUUGUUCGGGAGGUGGGAGCCCGCUCUGCUGCCCCAGGAGGAGGUUCUGUAGCAGCAGCGGUAGCAGCUCUGGGUGCAGCCCUGGCUUCUAUGGUGGGCCAGAUGACCUAUGGCCGGCGCCAGUUUGAUCACUUGGAUUCCACAAUGCGACGCCUGAUCCCACCCUUCCACGCAGCCUCUGCCCAGCUGACUUCAUUGGUGGAUGCUGAUGCCCGGGCGUUUGCUGCCUGUUUGGAGGCAAUAAAGCUGCCCAAGAACACGCCUGAAGAGAGAGACAGGCGUGCAUGCGCUCUGCAGGAGGGGCUGAGACAGGCAGUCGCUGUGCCACUGAAACUGGCCGAGACUGUGUCCCAGCUAUGGCCAGCGCUGCAGGAGCUGGCCCACUGUGGGAACCUGUCCUGCUUGUCUGACCUGCAGGUGGCAGCCAAAGCCUUGGAGACAGGUGUGUUUGGUGCGUACUUCAACGUGCUCAUCAACCUGAAGGACAUGACGGAUGAUGUAUUUAAAGAGAAGACACACCAUCGAAUCUCCAGCCUUCUGCAGGAAGCCAAGACUCAGGCUGCGCUGGUGCUGGGUAGCCUAGAAGCCCGAAAGGAGUGAAGAGACCGCUCCAGUGAAUGGUCCAACUUCCAGUAUUCCUUACCUAUCUUAAGUGGCCCAAGCCUUGCUUGGGGGGGAAGAGUCAGCCAUGACACCAUCAGGGCCAGGUUGGGGCUCAAUGCACAGCUGUCUAUGCAGGAUCAGAAGAUGCAACGGAGGGGGUUUGGGGUAGGGUAUGGUAGGGCCUGAUUGGUGGUGGUAUCCUGAUACCCUCUGUUAUCCAUGGUUUCUGGUAAAUUCUGAACACAAGUUUUUCUGGUGUGCUUGGGUUUGGGGCCCAUAGUCAAGGACUGAGACUGCAAUUGGGAGGAUGGCCAGGGAACCUGUUGAUCUGUGAGCAAUGAAUUAGAAGCCCCAGCCCCAGAGAUCCCAGAUGUAGGAUUUAUGGGGGAUGCAUCCAGCACUGGUAUACUCUGAGCACUGGAUUCUGAGUUAGGAUUACCAUUACUGUGAUGCAACACCAUGAGCAAAAAAGCAAGUUGAGGAGGAAAGGGCUUAUUUGCCUUACGCUUCCACAUUGCUGUUCAUCAUUAAAGGAAGUCAGGACAGAAACUCAAACAGGGCAGGAACCUGGAGGCAGGAGCUGAUACAUGGGCUAUGGAGGGAUACUGCUUGCUGCCUUGCUCUUCAUAGCUUGCUCAGCCUGCUUUCUUAUAAAAAUCCAGGACCACCAGCCUAGGGGUAGCCCCACCCACAAAGGGCUGGGCCCUGCCCCAUCAAUCACUGAUUAAGACAAUGCCUUACAGCCAGAUCUUAUGGAGGCAUCUUCUCAAUUGAGGUUCCCUCCUUUCCGAUGACUCUAGUUUGUGUGUCAAGUUGACAUACAAUUCACCAGCACAGCCAUGUAGCAAGGAACAGAGAUGUCUGGUUUCUAAGGACUGUGAGGGCAUUCUCUUCCUUCACCAGACAGUCUACGUCUACCUUCCAUGCCACCUUUAAGGGGGCUCACCCCAUCCUCCAUCCUCAGAGGUCGUGUUCGUCACUUCCUUUCUCUCUAGUCCCUAUUACUAAUAAACCAUCCCAAUG